AAUCAUAACAUAAACAAAACACGCACGGAGCGGCGAGCAUCAACGAUUGUGUAUUGCUUAAUUUUCCACCAAAUUUGUUCGAAAUGACUAGCGGAAAACCAUCGAAAACGCACUCAUCCGCCUCGAACAACGAGAAGAAGAGCAAUCUCAUCGCAACAGAUUCCAACGAAGCGUAUCGCCGCGGAGUAAAGUUGCUGCACGAGAAAUGCAAAGCGCUGCAGCGAAGCAAUGAACGGCUUGUUUUCCGGCUUCAUAGAGUGCAAAAGAUGACCAGACUCCGCGCGAUGGAUGUGGAGAUCCUAAAGGCAAAGCUAGACUACUACGGCGAUGGUUGGAGAACAGCAGUGGAUCCAGCGGACGUAAAGGAAGAGGGAGAGGAAUAAGUUUUUCAUGCAAAAUUUUAUACUAAAUAAUAGGGAAUCUCUGCCAGAAGAGAGAUAAACGAUAUGUGUACUCUAAUUUUGUAAGGUGGCUAGCGAAUAAUUUUGUAAGAGAGCAAACCAUUCUCUGCAACUCUACUAAUAAACUUACUGAAACAAUACAGUG